AUGGUGUAUGGGCAUCCCAAUGGCGUCAACUGCGUGAAGGGCGAGAUCCACAACGUGCUCAGCGUCAUGCGCGUCAAUGCGCGCUGGGCGUCUACCUCGCGCUUCAAGCGCGAGAUCCCGACGCACACGCAGAGCCCGCUCUUGCGCCGCUUCAAGGAGCUCCACGUGCAGCUCGAGAGCGUCAUGGACCUGAGCGACGUGGACACGCUCGAUGUGCUCGAGCCCUUUGUGCACGUGAUCGAGAGCGAGAAGACGAGCGGCAUCAUCACGGGCGCGGCGGUCUCGAGCCUCAACAAGUUUCUGCUCUACGGCCUCAUUCCGCCGGACGGGCUGCGCGCGACCGAGGCCAUCAACCGCAUCGCGCUCUGCGUCUCGCGCUGCCGCUUUGAAGAGACGCACCGCGAUGUCGACGAGAUGGUGCUCAUGAAGCUCAUGGAGCUCCUCGAGUGCUGCGUGCGCUGCGAGGCCGGCCGCCUCAUCUCGGGCGACAACAUUUGGAAGAUGGUCCACACGUGCUAUAGCAUUAGCUGCCAGCCGCGCGCCUCGAUGCAUCUCUGUCAUACGGCCGAGAACACGUUGGCGCAUGUGAUCUUGACGGUCUUUGAUCGCAUUGCCGACAUGGACCCGAUCGUCUUGGGCGCCGACGAAGACGAAACUGAGCGCGAGGACAAUGAGAGCGAGGUCGUUGUGCCCUACGGCAUCCCGGUCCUCGAGCAACUCCUGACGUUUCUCAGCGACCUCAUCAAGCCCAAGGAGAAGGAAGACACGACGAUCCUCGGGCUGAGCUUGAUCAACCUCGUGCUCGAGACCGCGGGCACGGGCCUCGGUGCGCACCCGUCGCUCGUGCACGUACUCCAGGGCAACCUCUCCAAGUACCUGCUCCAAAACUCCGAGACGACCGAACUCCACGUGUUGAGUUUAACGCUGCGCGUGGUGUUUAACCUCUUCAACUCGAUCAAGGACCACCUCAAGGUGCAGCUUGAAGUCUUCUUUACGAGCGUCCACAUGCGCAUCAUUGACAGUCCGUCGUGCUCGGACGAGCAAAAGGAGCUCGCACUCGAAAGUCUACUAGAAUUUUGCCGCGAACCGGCGCUCAUGCUCGACUUGUACAUCAACUACGACUGCGAUGUGCACUGCACCAACCUAUUUGAAGUGCUCUGCAAGGCGCUGGCGCGCAAUACGCACGUCACGUCCGUGGCGCCGGACGUGCCGCCGGUUUUCAACAUUCUCAACCUCCUCGCCUUGGAGGGGCUCCUUGCGGUCCUCGAGUCGAUUGCGCGUCGAUGCCCGCUUGGCGGUGCGUCGUCGAUGGCCGACGUCACGGGCUACGGCCUCGCGCAGAUCCUGGAUGUCCCGAUGCCGUCGUCGUCGCUGCCAGUGCGUACGAUAUCGCCCAUGAGCUCGAUCCGCGAGGUCAUGCAGAUGGUCAUGUCGGACACCGAGUCGGAGACUGACGUGCAUCUCGGCGGGUCGCCCAACGACCAGCUCGCAUGGCUCCACACGGCGCGCGAGCGCACAGCCGAAGUCCUCCAGCAACGUAUUCAACGACUUUGUCGCUCGUAUCAAAAGAGAAAUGUAGGCAAGCAGAGCAAGAAGCGGUAUAGUUUGGCGGCCGACAAGUUUCACAACGAACCCAAGAACUGGGUCGCGUACGCGCAGCAACUCGGGCUCUUGCCGAAUCCCGUGACGGCCGAGUCGGUCGCUGCCUUCUUCCAUACGACGCCUGGUCUGGACAAGACCAAGGUCGGCGAGUACCUCGGCGAAGGACCCGAGGACAAGUACCCGUUCCACGCCCAAGUCCGCGACGCCUACGUCGGCAUGUUUGACUUCAAAAAGACGACGUUGGACCAAGCGCUGCGCCUCUGCCUCUCGAAGUUCCGUCUUCCGGGCGAAGCCCAAAAGAUUGACCGGAUGAUGGAGACAUUUUCAAAAGAGUAUUAUCGCCAGAUCCAGCUCGACAAUCUCGACCAGCCGCUCGCGGAUGCCGACGCGGCCUUCAUCUUGUCGUUCUCGAUCAUCAUGCUCAACACGGAUUUGCACAGUGACCAGAUCCAGCGCAAGAUGACGGUCGACGAGUUUGUGCGCAACAACCGUGGCAUCAACGCCGGACAAGACUUACCGCGCGCGUACCUCGUCGCGCUCUACAACAACCUCCAGGCCAACCAGAUCAAAAUGCAGACGGACGUCUCGGACCUCAACACGGACGACGCGAUCGCGACAGUCGACCGGUACUCGGCGCAGUGGGAAGGCGUUUUGAAGCGCCAGCAAAAUGUGGUCGGUGCGUCAUUUACAUCGAACGCGUCCGUGCUCAAGCUCCGCGCCGGUCGCCACGAGCGAGAGAUGUUUCGGCUCAUCCUCGACACGACAACGUCGAGCAUUCUCACGGCGUUUGAGCGCACGGGCGACGAAAGCACGAUGGCCAAGGCCAUGGACGGCAUUGCAAGCGCGACCAAGAUCGCCAUCUACUUUCAAAUGGUGCCCGAAGUCAACAAGCUCAUUGCUGCGCUUGCCGCGUACUUUGUCGAGUUUGCGCACGGCGUCAUGAACGGCGAGCGGGUGCACUUGCCGACGGUGGAUUCGGCGAGCAAGCGUGGCCGCGCCGGCUCGGACAAGGGCGACAGCGUCCACGUGAUUUUGCGCGAAGAAGAACGACAAAGCGGGCUCAAGACGAGCCGCACGCUGCGGACGCUGCAGCUGCUCUUUGAUGUUGUUGCCAAGUACGCCGACUGCCUUCGCCAAGACGCUUGGACGUCGGUGGUCGAGUGCAUUCUCAUCUUCAACGAGCUCGACAUUGCUCCGACUUCGCUCGUCGAAAUGGACGACUUUGUCGACUCGCGCGGCGUGCCACUGCCGCCGGCCCAAGCCCACCUCUCGCCGCGCGCGCAGCAGUCGCUCGUCGCGGGCGUCUCGGGCAAGACGCGCGAGCGGUCGCGUCGGCUCGCUGAGCGCCAGGCCGCGCACCGCCAGCAGCGCAAUCUGCAGCAAGGCGCGAGUAACGUGGCGUCGGGCGGCUUUUGGGACUCGCUCUCGUCGUAUCUCUGGAGCGAAGACGACGACGACGUCGACUUGAACUACCCGCUCGUGAGCAACGCGCUGCGCGACUGCGUGGCGACGUGCGGCGGCGGCCUCCUCGAGCGCGACGCGUGGUUCCGCAUGUGCCGCAAGCUGAGCAACGAGAGCUGCCUGCGCUUGCUCGAGAGUCUUCUCGCAGCGCGCGAUCCGUUCAAGAGCGUGCUCCAGCACUCGACCGGCAUUGUCGACUGGAUGAUGCAGGAAAACGCGAUUUUGGCGCUCGAGCUCGGCAUCAACCUCGUGCUCGUCAACACCCACCGGUUCCCGACGCUCUGGCCGGCCGUGCACACGUACGUGGCGCGGAUUUUGCACAGCAAAGCCGACUUUGAAAUGACGCUGCUCGUCGAACGCGUCGUCGUCAACGUGCUGCGCGUGUGCAUUCGACUCUUCCAUGACGACGCAGCGCGCCCUAUGCUUCUCGACACGCUUGUCUUGCUCAAGGAGCUCGAGGCGCCGUCGCUGCAAGUGCUCUCGGAGCGCUUGGCGGCAGGCUUGCACAUGCUCGUCAAGGCCAACGCCAUGUACAUGCACGACAUGCCGAUUUCGACGUGGGAGACGUUGUUCAACCUCCUGGGGCUCGUCGCUCAGUACCCGAACGGAUGGCCCGCGACCCUCGACGCGCUCAAGCAGCUCGUCGCCGACGGGGUAUGUGUCGCCAAAGACAUUGUCGGGCUUUGGACGGGCGUGUGUAUGCGCCUCAUCAACCAGCGCACGGGCUUGGAGGUGGACGCGCUCAAGCUCUUGUUUGCGGUGGCCAAUAGCGACGCGGCCGACGGGUGCUGGAUCGACCUCAUGCGCAUCUUGCUCUCGUACCUCCAAGACGAGCGUCCCGCGGUCGCCCGCACCGCGUGGGACAGUUUGUAUCGGAGCCUCAUGCUGCCAGGCCACCCGAUUGCGCCGGUCGUCUGGAAGGACUGCUUUGAAGAGAUCAUCUACACGCUGGACGACCGGUCUCGUAGCAACGGACCGGCGAAAGACUCGAAGGAUCUGAGCUUGUACUCGACCACGCUCCUCUCCAAGGUGUUUUUGUACAACAUUCAGACGCUCUCGGGUCUCGACUGCUUCCACACGCUCUGGCUCAACGUACUCCGACGCCUCGCGACCAAGUUGGCGCUGCCGCCAAGCGCGGGUACGUCGGUCGCGGCGCUCGAAGUGUACGAGACGACGUUGCAUGCACUGCACAACCUGCUCGUGGUCAUGACGGCCGAGGGCAUUUUCGAGCGCACGUCAGCGCAGAGCCAGCAAGACGUGCUCACGCUCUCGUAUGACCUCAUCCGGUCGGUCUGUCCGCAGGUUCUGGACCAACUCCGCUUCGACUCGAACCCGGCCGACGCCAUGGACGUGUACCACCAACCGACGCCGAGCGAGUCAACACAAGUGGAGACGCCGGUGGCGAUUGAGAUUGCUGUCGAGACCGAGACUAGACACGACGACGAGACCCGUGGAGCGUGCUAA